AUGCUGAUACUGGGCGAUCAUCGCACUUCCAGCCGCUCAGGAGUGUCGGACCGAAGAUGCGACGAGCUGUCGGCCUUCGCGCCAUGUCUGAACAAUCGCAAGUCAGACUCGAACCCUGCUCCCGUCCUGGGAAGAUCCACCAGCGGUCGUACUGGAUCAACAACUCCAUCCGCAACUUCGAAGAGCUCGGAGCGACAUAGCACUGAUGGAUCUGGCAAGGCCGGCGAGGUUCCUGGCUUCGUAGUCCGUCCUCGAACCGUCAAGUCAAAGAAAGAAACAAGUGCUUACACCCGCGGGUUAGAGAAGAAAACACCCCAGGAGCAGAUCGAAGGUUGCCAUUACAGCGGAUGGAUGAAGAAACGGUCGUCUAAUCUAAUGACAACAUGGAAGCCUCGGCUGUUUGUUUUACGCGGUCGUCGCUUGUCCUACUAUUACUCCGAGGAUGACACCGAAGAGCGUGGCUUAAUUGACAUUACCGCCCACAGAGUGCUUCGCGCUGACAAUGAUCCUAUUAUUGCUCUACACGCCACCGUCACAGGAUCCACCGCGCAGCCUGCCAACGCCAACCCUUCUGACCAGAACAGCACCAAAUCCUCCACUGCCUCGUCUCCCAUCAAGAGCAAAGAUGCCAGUGGUCCAUUUUUCUUCAAACUGGUACCCCCUAAAUCUGGGAACUUGCCCACAGUGCAGUUCACUAAACCUUCGACCCAUUAUUUCCAAGUUGAUAGCGUCCAGGAAGGUCGCUUGUGGAUGGCCGCUCUGAUGAAAGCAACCAUUGAGCAUAUGGGCGAGUCCGGCCCUUCGACCAAUAAGCAAAAGACCAUCAGUCUCAAACAGGCCCAGUUGAUGAAACAACGCCCACCUGCUCUCAUGGAACCGUCAUCUGGUCUAGGAGAGCCUGAGAGGAUUCCUGAAGAGGACGAAGAUAAUGCACUCCGCAUCGAAGGCCUUAAUUUGACCAAGGCGCCCUCGUCUGAGGGAAAUUCUUUCGUGGAUGCAAAGGACGAACUUGAAAAUCCUGACGCGCCUCCCAACCCUGCGGCUGGGCUUGACACCGCCCACCCGGUGGAACCAGAGUCCAGAUAA